AUUCACACAAAUGAAAAAGAAGUGACAGAGAAGGAAGUGACUCUUCACUUGUUGCCAGGUGAGCAGCUGCUUUGUGAAGCCAGCACAGUACUGAAGUAUGUCCAGGAAGAUUCCUGCCAGCAUGGGAUCUAUGGGAAACUUGUCUGCACAGACUUCAAGAUUGCUUUCUUGGGCGGUGACGAGUCUGCGUUGGAUAAUGAUGAAACCCAAUUUAAGAAUAAGAUUAUAGGAGAAAAUGACAUUACACUCCACUGUGUGGAUCAGAUUUAUGGGGUGUUUGAUGAGAAAAAAAAAACUCUCUUUGGACAACUGAAGAAAUACCCCGAGAAACUCAUCAUCCACUGCAAGGACCUGCGGGUGUUCCACUUCUGCCUGAGGUACACGAAAGAAGAGGAAGUCAAAAGGAUUGUCAGUGGCAUAAUUCAUCAUACCCUGGCUCCUAAACUGCUUAAACGAUUGUUUCUCUUCUCCUAUGCAUCUGCUGUAAAAAACAAUAUGGCCACCAGUCCCAAGAACCAUACUGUAAUGUUUGACACACUUGAGGACUGGCGCUGGGAAUUGGAGCGGACCAAAGGCAACCUGAAGUACAGCGCAGUGAGCGUCAAUGAAGGCUACAAAGUCUGUGAGAGGUUGCCAGCAUACUUUGUUGUCCCCACCCCUCUUUCUGAAGAGAAUGUGUCACGCUUUCAGGGUCACGGCAUACCAAUAUGGUGUUGGUCCCACCACAAUGGAUGUGCCCUUUUGAAAAUGUCAGCACUGCCCAAAGAACAGGACGAUGCCAUUUUACAAAUCCAAAAGAACUUCUUGGAUGGAAUUUACAGGAUCAUCCAUAGGCCACCCUAUGAAAUUGUCAAAACCGAAGAUCUGUCAGGCAACUUCCUGUCCCUGCCGGACAUCCAGACUGCAUACUCUAAGUUUAAACAGCUGUUUCUGAUAGAUAACAGUACCGAAUUUUGGGACACAGAUAUAAAAUGGUUUUCUCUGUUGGAAAGUAGCAGCUGGCUUGACAUAAUUAGACGCUGCCUGAAAAAAGCAAUAGAGAUUGUAGAAUGUCUAGAAGCGCAAAACAUGAACGUUCUACUUUUAGAAGAGAACGCUUCCGACCUCUGCUGUCUCAUGUCCUCUCUGGUGCAAGUGAUGAUGGACCCACACUGUAGAACCAGGGCUGGUUUCCAGAGCCUCAUCCAGAAGGAGUGGGUCAUGGGCGGGCACUGCUUCCUGGAUCGCUGCAACCAUCUGCGUCAGAGUGACAAGGAAGAGGUUCCUGUGUUCCUGCUUUUCCUUGACUGUGUCUGGCAGCUGGUGCACCAGCAUCCCCCAGCAUUUGAGUUCACGGAGACCUACCUGACUGUUCUGUCUGACAGCCUGUACAUACCCGUUUUCAGCACCUUCUUCUUCAACUCGCCACAUCAGAAAGAAACUAACAUGGGUAGGGAAAACCAGGAUGCACACAGCAAGCCUUUGAGUCUGCUCACCGUGUGGGAUUGGUCUGUACAGUUUGAAUCCAGAGCCCAGAUAUUGCUCCAAAACCCUCUGUACGUGGAAAAACCAAAACUGGACAAAGGCCAGCGGAAAGGAACGCGUUUCAAACUGGACCAGAACUCCCUGAGCUCCAGAACAGCGUGGCCAGAGCAUCAACGACAGCUUUCUUUGCCACUCACCCAAUCUAAGUCAUCUCCCAAAAGAGGAUUUUUCAGGGAAGAAACAGAUCAUUUAAUUAAAAACCUUCUGGGCAAGAGAAUUAGCAAACUAAUUAAUUCUUCUGAUGAGCUGCAAGACAACUUUCGAGAGUUCUACGACAGCUGGCAUAGCAAGCCCACUGACUACCAUGGGCUGUUGUUGCCUCACAUCGAGGGGCCAGAGAUCAGAGUCUGGGCCCAGCGCUACCUGCGUUGGAUUCCAGAAGCCCAGAUUCUGGGUGGUGGCACAGUGGCCACCAUGAACAAACUCUUGGAAAUGAUGGAGGAAGUACAGAGUUUACAAGAGAAAAUUAAUGAGAGGAGACUCCACCGGGAGGCCCUCCAGGCAGAGGCCCCCUCCCUGCUGAGGAACUCUGCCCGCCUGUCCUCGCUGUUUCCUUUUGCUUUGCUUCAGCGACAUUCCUCUAAGCCUGUCUUGCCCACCAGUGGUUGGAAAGCUUUGGAAGAUGAAGAAGAUCUGGCCAAACGAGAAGAUGAGUUUGUGGAUCUAGGGGAUGUGUGAGCUGUCUAUUCAGUGAUUGCAAAAGAGGAAUCUUGAAGACUGGGAGAGGAGUCCAACACAUGGACGCACUGACCUCUGGACUGGUGUGACAUGCUGAAGCCCACUGCUGCGAGGGAGGGCCAUCAGCCCAGAGCUCUGUAAGGGGAAACUGCGCCUUCAGUAAAAGAGCUGGUUCUCUUUUCUUCCUGGUCCUGAAAGACUAUGCAAUUAAAACCCUAUCUCUAGUAUUAUUAAGUGAAAGGAAUUACUACUUGACUCAUCACAGAAUUGCAGCUGUUAUCUGACGCAUAAGUAUUACACAGAAUCUGCAGUAGCUGGUUUACUACUAAAAAGGGCUUUGAUAAGAUAUUCUUGGACUUGAGUCUUUCUUCAAAUCUUUUCGGUGCCAAGAGAAUUUUUCCAGUCACUGGGAAGUCAGUGUCUCUAACCAAUCUCAGUUCGGAGCAGGCUCAGCUAUAUGUGAUGUGUGUAUGGCGAAUGGAAGGAUUCAGAGGUGUUGAGAUGUGUGGCAUUCAUUAAACCGCAGCACUUUUCCUUCCUGCAUCCUCUUGCCUGUAGAAAAGCUGGAGAAACCCCACCCAUGUCACCCAUCCUGGCGUUUCAGACCAUCCUGCCUCCUGCAAUGAUCGUGUCACUUUGUGUGCAGGUGCUGGGCCAGUCAACCAUGCCACCUUUUUUCGUGUGCUGAUGCCUCCAGGUCUCUGCCUACUCCAUACCAUUCGCUGCUGUCCCUCCCUGCUGCCCACCUUUGGUUCACGUGGUCCCAGGGUCUUGCUGCUAAACCUGGUGGUUAAACUGGGGGACUCUCUUUGGUCUGCCCAGAGGAGCUUCCAUUCUUCUGGUGGCUCUCAGGGUUUGCAAGUAAUUGCUUUGCCUUUUUCUAGUAGCAGGCCGAGACCUCAGAGCAUUCGUGACCAUGGUCCCCUGCAGCAGCCCCUCAGAUGGUUUCCCCACCUUCGCUGUCACCUGACAGACUGUUGAGGGUCACUUUUGAACGUGGCUUUCAUAGGGAAGCAGUUAAGCCUAUCAGAAGUGAUGGCUGUCAUAUAGUACCUCAGUGAUUUAAAAAGCCAUAGAAGAAAUGCAACUGUGUCUGGUAAACUUCUUGCAUCUGCUGUCUAAAUGAUCUGUAUUUUUAAAUACAGGAACGUACACUUUGUAAGGACCAGUUUUUUCAUUUUCAAUGGAACCCUGUUACAUCCCACUAAAGGAAGGGGGAGGGAAAAAACCUCAUGUUAGAAUGUUUCAAAUGGAAUGUUUGCCUUUUAUAUACAUUUUCUCUCCAGUAUAGGUCCCAAUUUAAAUAGUACAUGUUUAGAAAAACUUUCAGUUGCUCCAGGGCAAUAAGAAAUGUUGAAACUAUUGACGACGAGUUUCUCAGUUUGCACUGAAUUGUCUUUUGUACUUACUGGAGACUGCUUUGCCUUUUGUUCCCCAACUGCAUAUUGACACGUGACCAGGUCAUCUGUUAAGACAACCAGAGGUUGAGGGGAGGGCAGGAUUGGGGGACAAGCACAGGUCCAGUCUCGGUUGCCUUAAGGGUCUUACUAGGGAGGUCAGUGUUAGGCUUUCAGUAGGGAUUUUAGAAAUACACUAGUUCAUUAGCUACCCUCACAUGUGCUCCAUGGGCCUUCUUAAACUAGCACUAACCUCCACCUCUCUGCCCCAAUUGCCUCCCAAAUACACUAUGGAGCUAACUAUUUUUGUUACCAUAUUAUAACAUGAAUAUUUAUACAGUGGCCUCUUCAGUCUUAGGAUCUUAGUAAUUUUCAUUCCAGAAAUGCCCAGUGUGAUGCUUUAUACUUCACAAUGUGUGGUUUAAAGGCACAAGGUCAUGGCCCUGUCACAGCAGUUGAAUGUGCAUUGAAAUAUUUUUCUAUGACUUAAAAAAAAUUACAGUAGAAAAAUAAGCUGUUAUAACAUGGACAGUCAUGUUAAUUGGUGUAUUUAUAUUUGGAAUCAGAUUUCUAUAAACUUGUAUUUGUGUACGGCACUCUCAGUGGGUUUGUAUAUUGUGAUGUUCUUAUUCAAAUGUGCGUUAUGCUUAACAGUUAAAGCGGAAAUGAGACCAUUUGCUUUGUUUAAAUGCUGCACUGUGCACAUUUGGAAAUGUACAUUAAUUUACUGUGUAUGAUAUUUUGAGUUUGUUUAUACCUCCAAGUUUUUACACUGAAGACAAAUUAUCUUUAAUUACAUGUAAAACUUUUUUUUUUAAAGGGAAUAAGCUGUUGGGCUCAAUCUGUAUAAAUGUGCUUUUUAUUUUCUGGAUGUACAAUGAAAGUUUAUACUUGUAUCUCACUGCAUCAUAUCUGAUUGCAGAAAUUAAAGCACAGUUUACCAGCA